ACCUCCCCGUCAAGCGUCCUGCCGGGGUCUUGGCGCCGCGUUAGAAACCCAUUCUUUCGUAGCUCUCAUUGUGGCGUUCGUGUGCAGCCUUGUUCAUUGUGGCCAUUUGCUAAAUUUUCGUGCCCAGAGCGAGUCGCUGCGUGUGAAGAGCCAGUGGCAUCGAUGUUUCCACAGCGAGUCACUGAUCAGCGCGCUGCUGUUGGCAGGUUUAGUUGAGGUUAGGGUGGUCUGUCGAGGAGCUCCCGCCCCCUGCGACUUGUCCACCGGUCUGCGGGGGAGUUGAGCCUGGUUGUAAACCUCCACACAGUGCGGUUCUCAGAGUAAUGGCUGUCUACAAGAAGACGGAACAUCUGGCAGAUGUGGUCCGCAGGUGUCCACAUCACCAGAAUGGAGACGCUGCAGACCAUCGCAGUCAUUUGAUCAGAGUGGAGGGCAGCCAAAGGCCUGAGUAUCUUGAGGAUUACAACACAAAAAGGCACAGUGUGACUGUUCCCUAAGAGCCGCCCCAGCCGGGCUCAGAGAUCACCACAAUCCUUUUCAACUUCAUGUGCAACAGCUCCUGCAUGGGAGGCAUGAACCGCAGACCCAUCCUCACCAUCCUGACCCUUGAGACUUCAGACGGACAACUUUUGGGCCGAAGAUGCUUCGAGGUGCGUGUCUGCGCGUGUCCCGGCAGGGAUCGUAAAACAGAGGAGGCAAAUAGUGCCAAACUUCAGACAGGGGCCAAACAAGUGAAGAAAAGAAAAAGUGCCCCAGCAACAGAUCCUUAAAUGUGCAAAAGGAAGUCUGGCU